AUGCUCAUAUAUACACUCGAAGGUAGAGAUGAAUGUACACCCAAAUCAAAACCUUUAUACACAGCAGUAGCAGCAGCAGCAGCAGCAGUAGAAGCAGCAGCAGAAGCAGCAGCAGAAGCAGAAGCAACAGAAGCAGCAGCAGCAACAGAAGCAGCAGCAGCAGCAGAAGCAGCAGCAGCAGAAGCAGCAGCAGCAGCAGAAGCAGCAGCAGCAGAAGCAGCAGCAGCAGCAGCAGCAGCAGCAGCAGAAGCAGCAGCAGCAGCAGCAGAAGCAGCAGCAGCAGAAGCAGCAGCAGCAGCAGCAGCAAAUCAGCUUAAUGAGGAUUAG